CUCUGCAAUGGUUUAUUGAUCUAUAUUGAUUUAUUUUUGUAAACUGUGCUGGUGGCUCCUGCGCUGUUAUAUAUUGUCCGUUACAGAUUGAGUGUUACCCCUAAUAUUAGCACAAAACACUUUAGUCCUGCUGCGUGAUAAAGAGAAAGACCAAUAUGAAAGCGGUCAUCCAACGAGUCAAGUCUGCAUCCGUGACAGUUGAUAAUCAGCUGGUAUCUUCGAUUGGUCGGGGUCUCUUAGUUCUAGCUGGAGUCGGGAAAGGCGACGAUGAGAAGGAAGCAGACAGUCUCAUCUCGAGGAUCAUGCGAUGCCGGUUAUGGCCGGACAAUAAUGAUAAGCAGUGGAAAAAGAAUGUCCAGGAUAUUGAAGGCGAGAUACUCUGCGUUUCGCAAUUCACCCUCCAUGCACAAUUAAACAAAGGCAAACAACCUGAUUUCCACGAAGCCGCCGACGUCGAAACUGCGCGCAGACUCUACGACUACUUCUACCAACGGUUACGCGAAGCCUACAAACCGGAAAGGGUUAAGAACGGUGUCUUCCAGGCAAUGAUGGAUGUUGAGUUGAAAAACGACGGACCGGUGACGAUUGAGGUUAAUACGAAACUCCCGAAGAAAGAGAAGGCACCGAACGGGAAUAAGCAGUCCGAGAAGAAGCCAGAGAAGUCAGAGCAAUCUGAGAAAUCGAAAUCAGAGGGCGACAGUGAUAAGGGAGGGCAAACCGAGGGCCAGAAGAGCUAUGAAUUCAAGCUCCCCGCGACGCUACUAGAAUAACAUCACCACAGUAUAAUAGCAUAGUAAAACAGACAUCCA